UUAUAAUACGACGCUUAAAGAUCGUUUGAUUUUGUGAACAGAAAAUAGUUUCUCUUAAGAGCUUCAAGUGCGCGGUUGUUGCAAUGGUCGAGUUUCACUUCAAAUUAUUUGCCUGCCUUUGUGUGGCUUUCUGCUGCAAUCUUGGCGUUAGAGCGCGUGUUUAUGUGUGCAAAGAAAAUAACAUUCACGGCGAUUGUAUGUUGUAUGAGAACUGCCCAACUCUACAGGACACUCCAUUCACGGACGACAUGAUUAAUCGAAAAGACUGUAGAAAUUCCGGACUUAGCGGUCGAGUUGUCUGUUGUCCGCGCAGGAAUUUACGACGGCCUAAUCGUGGAAAAACAUCAACAACAACCACAACCACAACAACAGAAAAAAUAGCAUUGAAAAGAAGGUGGCCUGAGCGCAACGAGUUUAAUAGAAAAACCAAUAUUGAAGAUUUGCAGAACUUCAAUUCGGUUGGUUUGGCACUACUGAACAAGCAUAAUUGCGGUAGUAUUAUGGAUUUUCGUUUGGCCAACGGCAUUAAUGCUAUACAAGGCGAAUUCCCAUGGAUGGCUAUGUUACUUAACGCACGGAAGAAACCAUUUUGUGGUGGUUCCGUAAUAACCGAACGCUUCGUGCUCACAGCGGCCCAUUGUAUUACUGAUGAUUUACGAAUGGUGCGCUUUGGUGAACAUAGAAUUUCCACCAAAAUGGAUUGCACACUAACCGUUUGUCAAACAUACGUGGAUUUUGGCAUCGACCCAUACCAGAAACCCUUAAUUCAUCCAGACUACAGAUCUCUGAACUAUCAUAAGGACAUCGCGCUGAUAAAGCUCAAUAGGGAUAUCGAUUUUAAACUUUACGACCACAUUGCACCCAUUUGCUUGCCCACAAAGCCAUCGGAUUAUAAUAUACGGCCAAAGGAUAAUUUAAUCUUAGCGGGCUGGGGCCUACAAAAAUACGAUCUCUACGCUGAUGUACUUCAGAAAGGUGAGUUGAAAAUCAAACCGUUGCAUCUUUGCAAGAAUUUAUACCCACGUAUGAGGAUUGACAAUUCGAAGCUCUGUAUACAAGCCGGUUCUAACGGCACGGUAUCUUGUCAUGGCGAUUCGGGAAGCCCACUGUUUUGGAAAACCGAUUACAAAAUUGGCUGGUUCACUAAACAGCAUUACACGCAAAUUGGUUUGGUAUCUCUGGGUUAUGGCAAGGAGUGUGGUGAUUUCACUUCGGAUCCGUUUAUGUAUGAAAACGUAAGCGACUCCAUGAUUUGGAUUACUCAUGCUCUUUACAAAGCAUAUUUUAAUUACUAAAAUAAUGUACCACGCUUCUUUAAUUCACAAUUUUGGUGGAACUGAUUUUUAAAGUAAUCGGAGUUUGUAGUAAAUUUUUCUAAAAUUAAUUUUAAAAUAAAAUGUUUGUAAA